AUGGUAAUGGCCGGCGGUGGCGGCUCGCCUGCCACCGAAAUCAAAUGGAUCCACAAUAGCAAACCAAUCGAAGAGACGGCCGUCCACCCAAGCCGCAAAGUUUUCCCCAAUCGCAUCGUCAUCAGGCGGCUGCAUAAGGGUGACACGGGCAACUACGGAUGCAACGCGACCAACAGAAUCGGCUACGUCUACGAGGAUGUCUACUUGAACGUGUUGGCAUUGGCGCCCGACAUCGAAGACUCACCGGACGACACGGCAACCGUCGACGGAUCGGCCGUCAAUCUGACGUGCAAAGCCUUUGGCUCACCCAAACCGCUCGUCAAAUGGAUCCGCGACGGGUUGGAAUUGACAGGCGGCCGCUAUCGCGUUAUGGACAGCGGUGAUCUGGAAAUUAGGGAUAUGACCUUUACAGACGCUGGUGUAUAUUCGUGUCACGGAACCAACACAUUCGGAUCAGCCAAUGCCAAUGGAACUCUGAUCGUGAAAGAGCGCACCGUCAUCAGAGACGGACCCGAAGACUAUGAAGUGGCUGCCGGGCAGACGGCCACUUUCCGAUGUAACGCGUAGCCGACUCGUCGCUGAACAUGACGAUCGAGUGGCUCCACGCGGACCAGUUGAUCAAUUUUGAGCAAGAGCCACGCUUCGUCCAGUUGCAGAACUCGUCGCUGAUCAUCAUGAAGACGACAGAGUUGGACACGGGCGACUACACAUGCCGUGUAAAAACCAUCCUGGACAUGGCAGAGGCCAAGGCCACU